AUGAAUGAAUUUACUGUUGACUCACAUAUCAGGCAUCGCUCGCCAUCCCUUGAUACUAUUCCUCUCGACAUACUUUUCGAUAUAUUCCAGCAUCUUCCUAUCCAAAGCGUCCUGGCACUACGACAGGUUUGCCCCCCUACUAGUAAGAGCUUUGAUGCUAUCACCCGUCUGCGCAGUAUCUGGGCUCUCCUUCUGCGGACUCUUGUUCAGGAGCAAAACAUCCCUAUACCCUCCUUCGAUGGGAAAUCCCCAGUCUCUGUCAGCCUUAGAGCUCGAGCGAGAGAAAUUCAUUUUGGGGCGACCGUGAAAGAUCCGGACGUUUUCUUUAUGGAGUUUCUCCCUGGCAGAGGAAAUCGUUGGUUAGUUUCUGUCGCGAUUCGGGCACGCAGAAAAUGUAUCAUCCAGUGCUGGGACCUUACCGUUCUACAACCUGUGUGCAUAGAAAAACUGACCUACACAGAUAGGCCAUACAACUGUGUUGUUAUCAAUAACGAUCCCUCUUCUCCAGCCAUAAUGACGAUACAGUCCAAGCCAGAAGUAACGGAAAUACUCACCAUCGAUUUCGAAGAGAAAGACCCUGAGUCAGCCGGGAGCACACUCGUCACCAAGUGUCUAACAUGCGACGGAAAAGUGAGCAUAUGGGACAUCAGCGAUCAACCUUAUGAGAAAAUGCAGUUGGUGAGCCCUUCACCAUUACACGAGUACCAUUGCAGAGCAAUGCAUCUCUGUGACGAUUACCUGAUAAUAUUCUUCAUCCAGACUGUCGAGCUCUACUCGACCAUUCCCCGACCCAACAACAUUGCAACGCCGGGAGUGCCAAUCUCGUAUCCACUCGCACAGCACAGCUUCCACUACCGGAUCAUAGAGAAAAUCAAUAUGUCAGAACAAGUUAGCUGGCAUGCUGCGCGCUUGCACCGUCCAUCGCCGAUCAACAUUGUCAUUCGAUUCUGGCCGGUGGACACAUUGCAUUAUUUCAUGCUUGACCCAAACCCCGUGUAUGUCCCAGGACGGGAGACUUCUCUAUGCAACCUUCUAUACUUGGUGCAGCCCACUCUAGUGCACACGAGAUGCUCUCCAGUGUGGUCAGAUCUGAAGUCGGACAUUGCUCUCGGACGAUAUGGUACCAUGCUCUUACUUGACAACCAUGACCAAGACGGGAUGGAGUAUGGGGACUUCAAGUAA